AUGUCUCAUAAUAAAUCAGAUAUUCAAGAAUGGUUGGAUAAACAAAUCGCUAUGUGGAAUGGUUAUUCUAUUCCAAAAAUAUCUAAUCAUAAUAAAUUUAUAAAGAAGUGUAUUAAAAAAGAAAUAGAUAUAUCAUCAAAUAGUCAAUACAUUAAUGAAAAUAAUUGUAUUAGUAAAAAUGUACAAAUAAAUUCCAUUUCUAAUGAAGUUGACUCAAAUGGACAUCGUCUUAAAUUUAAAGAUUGGGCUGAUCUUCAUCAAUAUCUAAAAAGUUCUCUAGUGAAUUGUAAAAAAAAUAAAAAUCUACUUGAAUAA